UCCAAAAAAAAUUUGUAUUAAAUUUUUGUUGUAAUAUUUUAUUGUGAAAAAAGAAAGUUUAUUAAAAACAUUGUUAAUAGGAACAAUAUUGAUCUGAGAAGUUUUAUGAAGGCAGAUCGUGGAUUCGGACUAUAAAACAAGUUUCUGGAUCGGGACACUUACUACAAGUGAUUGAAAAACUUUACAGAGAGCAGUAUACCGGCCUCUCGCGUGUUCUUGAGUUCUGUUACACAAUUUUUUGGUUACUACAAGUUAAGAAAUUCUACAAAGAGGUAUACCCCGGCUUUGACAGUGAGUGCUGAUCGAUUGUAAUACGGUUCUGUAACAAUUCUUUGGCAAGCUGGUUAACUUACUCCUAGUAUCUGUGGUUACUGAAAACGAGUAAGUUAUAUUGAGUAGAUGUCUUUUUUUAUUGCUUGUUAAGGGUUAAUACUCUUCCAAGCUGGUGAAUUUACUCCUAACAUCGUUAGUUAAGGACAGCGGCAUUUCCUUCAGCCAAAAUGCGACUUGGUAAGGAAAAUGCAGAUUCCGCUCAGGGAUAUCUUAACUUCCUAAGGGAUUAUUGCAAAACGCAUAUAAAUGAGCCAUCUGAACAUAUAUUGAUGACAGGAACUCACGUAUGGAACACCUUUAGCAAUUCCCGUAAAAAAUUUUAUCGUGAAUUAGGAGAUGCCUGCGGUGGAUGUCCAAAGAAAAAGAAGAAAAAUCCCUGCAAGAAAAAGAAGCCAGCAUGCCCUAAAAAAAAGCCGAAGUGUCCUAAGAAGAAGCCCCGUUGUCCAAAGAAAAAGAAGAAAAAUCCCUGCAAAAAGAAAAAGCCUCGCUGUCCGAAGAAAAAAAAGAAGACUUGCGGUGCAAAGAAGCCGAAGUGUACCAACCCUGGGCCGCUUACAAAUAAUGCGUAUUUGAAUUAUCUGAGAUACUUCCGUCGUAAUAAUUGUGGCUUGGAACCCAAAGAUAUUAUAAAGCAAGCGGCAAAAUGUUGGUGCAAAUUACCUCCUGAAAAACGUUUACGCUUUGAAAAGCAGGCUUGCAAAAUGUCGAAAUCUUGCAGACGUAAGAACACCAAGAUUUGCAAGGAGGCCCUUAAGCGUAAGAAAAAGAAGAAACCAUGCUGCCCAUGAAAACAUCGUUUUUAAGGGCAGUUCGACGGGAAGCAUUUUAG